AUGUACGUGUGCGUGGUUUUGGCACUGCUGGGUCUGGCGGCAGUUUGGCCCCCUGCAGCACCCGUCUCUGCAGCGGGGGACUUCUACGAGGCCCUGGACCUGCCGCGCACGGCCACACACGCACAGAUCAAGAGGGCCUUCCGCUCCCUCGCCCUGAAGCACCAUCCGGACAAGGACAGGAGCAAAGAGGCCGAGGCGCGCUUUAGGGAGAUCGCAGAAGCCUACAAAGUCCUGUCCAGCUCCGAGGACAGAAGACGGUACGACCUGAUGGGACACGAGGACUUUGUGAAGAGUUCCUCCGGUGUGGACGACGAGCCGACGCAUUUCUACGACGCUUUCCACUUUUUUGAGCAAGACUUUUUUGGGGAAGACUUUUCUGAAGAGGACCGAGAGUUCACCUGGAGUUUCACUGAAGAUCACACGUUUCACAGUCCUACGUUUUCUUUUGUGUUUUCAGACGGUGACGAAUAUGAAGAAGAUUACAGCUUUUAG